AUGUACCAAAUUCGACCAUAUGACAGAGCAGAACCAGAAGAGACUGAUGCUGUGAAACAUAUUUUUAGGCUGAGAGAAAAGCUUGACUGGGAAACACCGUCGUUUCCACGUUCUCUGAAGUAUCACCCUAAGGCUGUGGUUCCAAAGCGCAACCUAAAGGAAUGCUUGAAAGAUGACGGUGAAUUCGUAUACUGCCUUCCUCGGGAGAACACCAGAGGCAUGUUCAAUGAGUACGAUCUUCAAGCAGUCUCUGCCUACAAAGCUAAAAACUGCAAAGAAUUUUGGAUGGUCACUGCUUCGUUUGUCUCAAAGAUCACUAAAACGGGCGUCAACAUGGAAGAGGUGGAACUUAUGCCUACUCUGGACUGGCUUUCAGAAAGACAUUACUUCUACUUACUGCAGAAGUUUAAGAUAUUUUACAACUUCCGGAUAAAUAAAGCCUUUGUUACUUGGAAACUGAAUGUUAAAAGACGUAAGACAGAGACUAGCAGAUCAUACCUGUACAACCACCUUUUUUAUGCUGAUGAGUUAUUUCAAACUUGUUUGCUUUAUGUGAGAGGACUCUGUGAAGAUGCCCUGACUCUCAAAAAGAACAACGAAGACAAUCCAUCUGCCAUCUGCCUUAUCAAGGUGGACACUUCCCGAACAUACGUUCUGGAGACAUUUUGUGAGGAGCAGUUACAGCAAGCCACCCAGGCAGUGGCGCAAUUUGAGGAGAUCAGGAAUAAAGCAAUAGUAGAGAUAAAGAGUACAGCCUUAAAGGUUGCAGAAAAGAAAGAUGUUAAGGAAUACUUUGAGUCAAAACCGUCUGAAAUCGACACGACACAUUUCAAGCUGCCCCAGUAUCGAUGUCUGUUAGAAACAAAUGUGAAGUUUUUGAAGCUGAUUGACUACCUGUUUCAAGAACUCAUUCGACAGUUGAUGAACUCUGCCCUCAGCCAGCUCCUCGACAUCUUCACAGGCUCUGCUAGGAUGCCAUUUUCAAAGGAAAAAAGGAAUGAAAGUCUCAUGAGAAUUUUCUUUGAUGAUUCUCUACCAUCCGGAAAGGAAUCAGAUGAUGAUGAAUUUGUCUAUUCAAGGUUCUCCCCUUUUUCUGUUCAAAGCUCAGAACUACCAGACACUGAUGUUCAUGAGACUUUUAACAGACAUAAUGUGAUGACGGAUUUGAAGAAAACAUAUGCACCAAUAUUUGAGGUCAACCUCUAUCUGAGGAUCCCUGCUAUGAAUGACUCUCCAGAGGACCUUGACGGGAAGACCCAGAAGGCUGAGCAGGGCCGGGAAGAGUCUCUGGUGUAUGAUGACGAUGAACUAGAGCACCGAAUAAGAACUGUGAGUGAAGACCUGCUCAGCCAGUACAACCAGCCGAGCAAGUUUGGCAUCCUCCUCAAGCGAAUCCUUUCUGACUCGGGACUCCUGCUUGAGUCUGAUCAAGAACGCUUCUACAAUAAAUUUUCUGAAUUCCCAACAAACCUCCUUAUGGAACCCAACAGACUGGACUUUUCAACACAAUUCCAAAAUAUGAUAGCAGCUAUAGAAAAGUAUGUAACCACGAUCAUCCCUCUUCACCAAGACCCUCGCCUGUCCACCCUUGUUGACUUGGUUUCAGUUCCGGAUUUAUCUACUGAGACAAAAAAUGUAGUCAAAUACAAGAAGCAUACCCGAUGGCCAGAUUUCUGUAUCCUCUUUGACACAGAUACUGACUACCAGAACAAAAUUGUGAAUCUGCUGACUAUUAUUGGUAAUUCAGUGGGCCUGGUUAGCGACUACAGCUGCAGGUUUCUGAAAUAUUGUUACAUGGUAGAAAAGGCCAAAGUCAUGACUACAAAAUUGCCAUUCUUGAUGAACUUAACAUCAGUGGAGUUUAAAAGUAUAAUACAUAAAUUCAGAAGCUACCUAAAGCAGAUCGUGACCAUGGCUAUUGAGAUGCGUCUUGGAAUUUUUUGUGUGAAAAGUCUGGAUUAUCAAUUAACAUGCUUACCGUAUGUUGAUAGCAUCAUACAAAUGAGCUACAACCUGUUGCGAUGUACCAUUGAGGACAGAAGUGCAAAUCUAUUAGAAAUUUUAGAAUCAUCACUGCGCCAGCUGGACUAUGAGCCUGCAGACGUGGAAGAAUUUGUGGAGCAUUUUAAUUUUUUGGAUGAAAUUUCCUCAAGCGUAAUUCAAAUAGAAAAAGAUUUCUGCACAAUUUCUGAGCUAUAUUCCGUUGUGAGACAUUACCAGAUAGAUGUGUCGGAAGAGCAGAUCGCCAUCUACAGAAUUAUCUUCAUGAAGUUCAAUCAUCUGAAAACAUCUAUGAAGUUACUUGCCACGAAUAAAGAAGCCAGCCUCACUAAAUUCAGGAACAGUCUGGAAUCGUAUAUUGUCAGCCUACGAGUGGAUGUCAGUAACUUAAAAGAUAAAAUCAGAAGUCCUAUCCUGCUUUCCGCCUCUACUCCAAUACCAAAAGCCAAGGAAAUCGUGCAGUCUCUCUCAGCAGAGGCUGAAGGCUUGACUUUAAAGGUGAAAACAUACUCCAGCUACCAGGACUACUACGAUGAAGCCCACUUCCACAUGAACGCUCUUAACGUGGAGGAGAUCACGCAGAUCGUGUUGUCGGAGAUCUCUGACAUUGAGUGUGACCUGAUGCUGAGGAAAUUAUUAUGGGAAGCUCAAGAAGAGUGGGGGACACAUUUCUGGCAGUGGAGGAACUGUACUCUCCAAAGCAUUGAUAUCGACUUAGUGAAGAACAAUGUCUCCAAGUGGCUGCAUAUAAUCAUUGUACUGGAAAAAGGCUUACCUAAGAAUGAUAUGGUAGCACUGCUGAAGCAGUCAGUGUCCGACUUCAAACGAGAGCUGCCUAUCAUCACGGCCUUAGGAAACCCCUGUCUCAAGGCACGGCACUGGAAGGCUCUGCGUGACAUCACUGGAAAGUCAAUCUCUCUGGAUAAAAACCUCUCCAUAGAGAAACUUCUAGCUCUCAAGAUGUUUCCAUAUGAAAAAAAAAUAAAUGAGAUAUCAGUCUCAGCAACUAACGAAGCCGCCCUUGAAAAAAUGCUGUUUAAGAUCAUCGAGCUCUGGAACACGUCCCCCCUGCACCUGGUCCCUCACCUCACCGAGGGCCGCUCCAUCCUGAUCAUUUCGUCCACCGACGACGUGAUAGCCCAGCUGGAAGACUCCCAGGCCAUCCUUUCCACAAUCAAAGGAUCUUCCUAUCUCAGGCCAAUUAAGCAUCUUGUGAAUGAAUGGAAUCAAAACCUAACCCUCUUCUCUCAGACCAUUGAUGAAUGGAUGACCUGUCAAAGAAACUGGCUUUCUCUUGAACCAGUCUUUCAGUCUUUAGAAAUACAAAAACAGCUGGCAGCAGAAACAAAACUCUUCUCCCAGGUACUUCUCACAUGGAAAGAAAUAAUGUCACGAGUACUGAACAAACUAAACGCCCUGCACAUAACCAUCACCACAGGAAUCCUGGGCAUUCUGAAAAGUUGCAACAGCCAUCUUGAAAGCAUAAAGAAAAGUCUUGAGGAAUACCUUGAACUUAAAAGAAUGAGUUUCCCGAGAUUUUAUUUCCUCAGCAAUGAUGAACUUCUUGAUAUUCUAGCUAACAGCAAAAAUCCCGAAUCCGUGCAGCCUCAUCUUGUGAAAUGUUUUGAAAACGUAAGACAUGUACUCCUGUGGAAGCAGGGCGUCGGCCCUCCCUCUGUAAAGAUGCUCAUCUCUGCCGAAGGGGAAGGUCUAGUGCUGCCCAAGAAAAUCCGUGUAAGAGCUGCUGUAGAACAGUGGAUGGUAAAUGUAGAAAAAAGCAUGUUUGAUGUCCUGAAGAAAUUUAUAAUUCAAGGUAUUGAAGACUGGAAAUACAAUACUUUUUCUGACUGGGUCAUGUCACAUCCAGGGCAAGUGGUCAUCACUGUGAGCCAGAUUAUGUUUUAUAAUGACUGUUUGAAAGGCUUUAUAAGUUAUAAUCCAAGAGAAAAACUAGAGGCAGUCCAUGCCCGUGUACUGCAUCAGCUGGAAGAUAUUGCAGUGCUGGUCACACUGAAUACUAGCAACCCACGCACAAAAACCAUGCUGGCAGCAACAGUGAUCAUCUAUGUGCACUGCAGAGACAUCCUGACAGAUCUGCUCGUUAAGAACAUCUUCAGUGCGCAGGACUUUGAGUGGACCCGACAUUUGCAAUAUAAAUGGAAUGAAAAGCAGAAGCUGUGUUAUGUACUUCAAGCAAACACCAGUUUUGUUUAUGGCUAUGAGUACUUGGGCUGUGCCCCGAGGCUGGUCAUCACUCCCCUCACAGAAAGAUGCUGGCUCUCUCUCUCUGAGGCACUUUAUUUUAACCUGGGAGGCUGCACUGCUGGGCCUGGAGGUACUGGAAAAACUGAGACUCUUAAGGACCUAGCGAAAAGCUUUGGUAAACAUUGUGUGGUCUUCAACUGUUUUGAAGAUUUGGACUAUAAGAUAAUUGGAAAGUUAUUCUUCGGGUUGGUGCAGUCGGGAGCUUGGUGCUGUUUUGAUGAAUUCAAUCGAAUCGAUAUAGAAGUCCUCUCAGUCAUUGCCUCACAGAUCCUGACGAUCAAGAUUGCCAAAAGCAGCUAUUCUGUCAGGUUCGUACUGGAUGGUAGAGAAAUACGGAUUAAUAUGUCAUGUGCGGUGCUUAUCACCAUAAAUCCUGGAUAUAGAGGUCGGGUUGAGCUCCCAGGUAACUUACAAUCUCUGUUUCGCUCAGUGGCAAUGAUGGUGCCCCACUAUAAAAUGAUCACUGAAGUAACUCUGUUUUCAUUUGGCUUCAAAUCUUCAAGAUCACUGUCUGGAAAGAUAGUUAAUCUUUAUGAUUUAGCUGACAAGCAGCUCUCAAAACAGGAGCAUUAUGAUUUUGGCAUGAGGACCUUGAAGACAGUUUUAAUAAUGACAGAAAAGAAGAAACAGGAGCAUAAAUGUGGUAGCAGUGAGCAUCUUUCUGAGUUAGAGGAGUCCUUGAUCAUCAUCGAGGCCAUCCAAGAAGCCAGUUUGUCAAAGUUCCUUCCUGAAGAUGUCCUACCUUUUGAAAAGAUCAUAGAAGAUGUUUUUCCUGGAAUAACCGUUUCAAAACUUCAUCACCUUAACUUGGAGAAAGCAAUAUCUAUUGCAACAGAACAAUUAGGCUUUCAAUAUUGGCCAUCUCAAAAAGAAAAGAUCAUACAAUUUUAUCAACAGCUUCAGGCUUGUGUUGGCGUGAUUCUAGUGGGCCCAACAGGCGGAGGGAAGACGACAGUCAGGAAAAUUUUAGAGAAAGCACUGAUAACAUUGCCAGUUGCUUCUGCCUUACCUGUUAAAGAGAGGCAAUCUGAUUCAAAGUCUACAGGGAAAAAAGGAAAAGUCGAUGUUUGUGUUUUGAAUCCAAAAUGUAUCACUCUUGGUGAACUGUAUGGGCAGCUGAAUGUUAAUACCAUGGAGUGGAGCGACGGGUUACUGUCAGCAGCAAUUCGAAAUUACGUCCAUCUUAACAGCACAGAUUACUCCAAGAAAGAGGAUGAUUUUGGAAUGUCAGGAAUCACAGACUUAUCUAAUAUUUUCCAAGUUGGUUUCGCUACGAUAGCAGAUAUUGAUAACAACGUGUUUAUGAAGGAACUAGAAAAAAGUUUUAAAACUCCAGAAACUCAUGAUUUUGAUUGGCAAUGGAUUGUUUUAGAUGGCCCUGUUGACAUCUUAUGGAUAGAGAAUCUAAACACUGUGCUUGAUGAAACUAGAACACUGUGCCUGGCAAACAGCGAAAGGAUUAGCCUGACUAACAAGAUCAGAGUGAUCUUUGAAUCAGACUCUCUCUUUAACUCCACACCCUCUAUUGUCACCCGCUGUGCAGUGGUAUACAUGGACCCUGUUGAUCUGGGAUGGGAGCCUUACAUUAAGUCAUGGCUUCUGAAAAGUUCAAAAAGUAUAAGUCAACAAGGAAUGCAGUGUCUUGAAUUGAUGAUUAACAGAAGUGUUGCAGAAGGGAUGAAAUUUCUGAAAAAGCAUAGAAAGUUUCUACCAUACCCUAUACAGGACGUGACAGUUGUCAUGACUCUAUGCAGGAUUCUAGAUGCUUUUUUUGAAUUCAUGCAUAUAAAACGAGGAACUACAAAAAGUCAUGAAGCAAUGGACGACGUGUUCCCUACAGAGACAAAGGCAAAAGUCAAGUUCAAGGAGGAAAGGAGCUACUACAAGGAUGAGGGGGUGUGGUUCCUGGAGAGAAACCCUGAGAAGCUCCCAAUGAUGAUUCAGAAGAUAUUUGUGUUCGCAUUCACAUGGGCAUUUGGAGGAAUUUUAAAGCGUGAAGACCAACAUGAAGAAGAUGUGCUAUUUCGUUCAACUUUUGAACAUGACUCCCUUGCGGAAGUAAACUAUAAUUUUGACAACUUUGUCCGUGAAGUAUUUGAAGAUGAUUCAGAAAGAGACACUGACAUCAACUUACCUGGUAGCGAACGGUCUAUGUUUGGGUAUUUUGUGGACUUACAGCAAUGCGAGUUUAUGCCUUGGUCAGAUUUAGUUCCUAAUGCUCAGACCCUAAUUCAAAAAGGGACAUCGUUACUGACUGACUUGCAAGGAUCUGGUGAGAACGUGCUGAGGAUGAAGGAAUACGGAGAAUAUGUGAACUAUACGGCCACCAGAGACACCGUCUGCCUCUCUUUCCUCAUGAGCCUUUUUCUGAGGAACUCCUACCCUGUACUUCUCACAGGAGACUCUGGUGUCGGGAAGACAACUGCCAUCAAUGACAUGCUCGAGAAGCUAGAGGGACGAGGAACAUUAGAUAUCAAAUAUGGCUCAAUUUUAGGAAAAGUCCUGUUACAUAACGAAAUUAAAAGACCGAGCCUCAGGCAGAAUAUCAACAACUUGAUUGGUGAGCCCAUCAAAACAAUUGGAGCAGGCCUUGAACAGGAUGCAAAGAAAGAAGAGGCUAAAACUGAUGAUAGCACCAUUAAAAAUGAUAAAGGAAUUAUAGUAUCCACAAUAAAUCUUACCACCACCAUGACAGCUGCCAAAACCAAGGAGCUGAUUCUGCGGAAGUUAGUAAGAAGAACCAAAGACAUUCUGGGAGCACCGAAGAACAACAGGAUUGUUGUGUUUAUUGAUGACUUGAAUAUGCCAGUACAAGACACAUGUGGAGCACAGCCACCCCUGGAGUUGAUCAGACAGUUAUUAGAUAUGGGAGGCGUUUAUGACACCGAAAGAAAUGUGUGGAAGAGUAUUCAAGAUCUUUCUCUAAUUGCGGCUUCUACUUCUGCCAGUGGGAAGGAUGUCAGCCCCCGUCUCCUCAAACACUUCUCCAUGCUGGUAUUGCCUCAUCCUCCACAGAUUGCCUUAUGUACUAUUUUUCAGGCUCACUUGGGAAUGUAUUUCUCCAUCCAUAACUUUGUAACUGAGGUUCAGAAAUCUAGAGAUCAGAUUGUCCUCUGCUCCCUGGCGAUAUAUUAUGAAGUCUGUAAGAAACUGUUGCCAACGCCAACCAAAUGUCACUAUAUAUUUAAUCCCCGAGACAUGUAUAAGCUUCUGCUAGGAUUGAUGCAAGCAGACAAGAGCGUAAUUAACUCCAAAGAGAUGGCUGCUCUGCUCCUAGUACAUGAAGCCAGUCGCGUGUUUCAUGAUCGUUUGAUUGAUCACAGUGAAAAAAGCCUUUUCUAUCAGCUUCUGUCAGCAGAACUCCAGAAUCAUCUGCAGGUUAACUGGAGUCACGAGAGUCUGAUGAACAACCCAGUUGUAUUUGUGGACUUUAUGGAUAUAAAUAAGCCUCACCGAAAAAAGAUCUACCAGAACACCAAUAACUAUGAUAAACUUCUCAGUAUCCUUACCGAAUUCCAACAAAAGUUGGGUUCAGCAUCUCUAGAGAUGUCUCAUUCAGUUGUAUUCUUCAAGGAAGCUGUAGAACACAUUACCAGAACUACCAGGGUCCUUCGACAACCAGGGAGUCACGUAUUACUGAUUGGAAAUGACGGCUGUGGAAAGGAAACAUAUGGAACCAUAGCCUGCUAUGUCGCAGAAUACAAAAUAUGCAAAGUGCCUAUCUCUCACAACUAUGCCAUCUCAGAGUUCAAAGAAACAUUUAAAAAGGUGUUUAUUCAAGCCGGCUUGGAAGAGGUCCCCACGGUUGUCAUGGUUGCCAACUUACAAGAAGAACACGUGUCAUUUCUGGAAGAUUUGAACUACAUUAUCAAUGCAGGAAAGAUUUCUAACAUGUUUGAAAGUGAGGAGCUGGAUUCUAUUGUUAUGAGAGUCAGAACAUUUGCUGAGCAGUCGAGCUGCAUGGAUGAUAGAAAAUAUUUACUCUCACUUUUCCAAAAGAGAGUAUCUAAAAAUCUGCAUAUUUGUUUGAUGAGUACCACAGGACCUAACUUCCGACAUAACUGUCGAGUUUACCCCUCUAUGAUUAGCUCCUGCACGAUCGACUGGUUCCAGAGGUGGCCUGAUGAGGCUCUCCUUGUUGUGGCCAACUCCUACCUGGAAGAAAAGCUGAAGGUGGAGAACAAAGAGGAUAAAAUAAGACAGUUUGCCCCAACCUGUGUUGAAAUUCACAAAAGUAUGAAAGAGUUGAGCGUAAAAUACUUUGAAGAAACUGGAAGACACUAUUACAUCACUCCCAGUUGCUACUUUAAGUUCUUGGAGACAUUUACCCACAAUCUGAGGGUAAGACAGGAGGAGAUGCAGACAAAGAGGAAUCGCUUCUACAUGGGACUUUCCAAGAUUCUGGAAGCAACUGCACUAGUCACAGACAUGCAGGAAGAGCUUUUGAUUAUUGGUCCUCAAAUAGAACAAAAAGCAAAGGAAAAAGAAAUAUUGAUGGAAAAACUCCGGAAAGAUUCACAAAUAGUCGAAAAGGUUCAGGUGCUUGUGAAACAGGAUGAGGAGAUUGUGGCUGAACAAGUAAAGAUUGUGGAAGAGUACGCUCAGAAAACUUCCAAUGAGCUAAAAAGUGUGCUGCCUUCUCUAGACAAGGCAAUUGUGGCCCUAAAUGCCCUGGAUAAAAGUGAUAUUUCUGAAUUAAGAGUGUACACACGCCCUCCCUACCUUGUUCUGACAGUCAUGAAUGCAGUGUGCAUCCUUCUAGAAAAGAAGCCCAACUGGACAACAGCCAAGCUGCUACUUUCAGACACCAGCUUCCUAAGGCGACUGAUCAACCUUGACAAGGACAGCAUCCCUGAUAAGGUGUUCAUGAGGCUCAAGAAGAUUCUAAAUCUGCCUGAUUUCAACCCCAACAAGAUUGCUAUGGUUUCUGUGGCUUGUUGCUCCAUGUGUCAGUGGGUAAUCGCUUUGAAUAACUACCAUGAAGUACAGAAGGUGGUACGUCCUAAGCAGGCACAAGUGGCGGAGGCUCAGAACGUCCUUCAAAUUGCAAAGCAAAGGUUGUUCGAAAAGCAAAGAGGUUUACAGCUGAUUGAAGAACAUCUGCAGUUCUUACACACGUCCUACAGAGAUAUUGUUACUGAAAAGCAUCAACUGGCAAAUCGGAAAAAGCUGGCUACCAAGCGCCUCCAGUGCGCGUCCGUCCUGCUGACUGUCCUGGAAGACGAGAAGAUUCGAUGGCAAGAAACAAUCAACGAGAUAGACAACAAGCUGAAAGGCAUCUGUGGUGACACACUCCUUUCAUCCGCAUGCCUUGCCUACAGCGGAGUCUUAACUCCAGAAUUCCGCCAGCUGGUGAUGGAGAAAUGGAAAGACUUCUGCACUCAGUCUGAAAUCAUCUUGUCACCCAAUUUUUCCUUAAUUGAUGUGAUGGCAGAAAAAAAUGAGAUCCGCCGAUGGCAUAAUCAAGGGCUUCCUCUUGGCCAGCACUCAGCGGAAAAUGCCAUCUUGAUGAAAAGUACAAAGCAGUGGCCCCUAGUGAUAGACCCGCACAAGCAAGCACUCUACUGGAUCCGCCAGAUGGAAGGGCCCAAGCUGCAAGUGAUUUCUGCUCAAGAUAGCAAUUACACCAAAAGAAUUGCAAUUGCCAUGCAAGCAGGAGACUCUGUUGUCCUGCAGAAUGUCCCUGAAACAUUCCCUCCCAGUUUGAGAGCAAUGCUAAAGAAGGAUAUUUGCCAGAAAAGAGGACAAUAUUACAUCAAAAUCGAUGAUGCUGAGAUUGAAUACAAUGAAAAGUUCAGGUUGUACUUAUCUACAGAACUAGAAAACCCCCAUUUCUUUCCAUCAGUUUAUAACUUUGUUACUAUUAUCAACUUCACGGUAACAUUCCAAGGCUUGCAAGAUGAACUUCUAUCUACAGUAGUAAGUCACGAAGUUCCUCAUUUAGAAAAUCAACAUGCCCAGUUAUUGGAGAGUAUUUCUCUUGAUGCUAUAACUCUAGAGGAGCUGGAGGAUAAAACAUUGACCUUACUCCAGAAAACAGAAGGAAGUGUGUUAGAUGAUGAAGAGAUUGUAGAAACCCUGAGAAAAUCCAAAAUAACUUCAAAUGAGAUUUCCAAACGUAUCAAAGAAACAGAAAAAGCAGAAAGCGAAAUUCAAGCAACCCGCAAGAACUACCUCCCCAUCGCCACAAGGGGCGCCCUGCUUUACUUCGUGGUGGCCAGCCUCACACAGGUGGAGUAUAUGUACCAGUUCUCCCUGGAGUGGCUCCGGCAGAUUUUUGUUUUCUCUACAGUUUCCAAAAUCAAAGAAGAAAAGCAUGAUUGGAAAACGGAUGAAACUUCUCAGGAAAAAGCUGAUGAGGUUUCCCUAAGUCUCUCAGACCAAGAGAAUCUGGAGAGUGAAAGAAAUCCCUUAGCCGAGAACAUCAAAAAUGCAAUAGAUACGCUGACAAGAAACGUGUUUAAGGUGGUCUCUUCAGCUCUAUUUAAUGAGCAUAAACUCUGCUUUUCCUUCCGACUUUGCACCACCAUCAUGAGAGAUAAUUCCAGUGACGCUCUGAUGACAGAUGACAUAGGAUUUCUACCAGAAGAGGAAUGGAACAUCUUUUUAUAUACUGGCAUUUUGAUAAAUAUCAAAAAUAUACUAUCCAAACCUAGACUAAAUAGUAUAUUUGAAAUACGGAGAAAGGAGCAUCUCCAGUGGGUGCCAGACCUGAGGUGGAGGCAAUGCCAGUACAUCAGCAACCAAAUGGAGCCCUUCUCCCUUCUGUGCAAGUCACUCCUGUCAAAUGAGCAGCAGUGGAAUGCCUUCAGGGACUCUAAGGCUGUGUACUCUCUAAUAAGCAGGCCUUUCUUCACAGAUGUGACUUCACCUCGUAAAAAUCCGAGAGCAGCAAAGGAGGCAGAAUUUCUAGAUGAAAACGAUGAAAUGUUUAACCCUAUAACUUUUCCUUGGGAAAAACUCACUCAAUUCCAAAGGCUUAUCUUGAUUAAAAUUCUUCGGCCAGACCGUUUAGAAAAUUCAAUAAAAAAAUUUAUCACUGAAAAAAUGGGAAGUGAAUAUAUCCCCAAUACUACAGUUAAUCUGAAAGAGUCAUUUAGCGAAUCUACUGCUCAAACACCACUGAUCCUCACCCACUCCUACGGGAUUGACCUCAACAAUCUUCUCCUGAGAUUUGCACAAGAGGUCAAAGGAACGACACCUCAGCUGACCAUGAUUUCUCUGGGCCGAGACCAGGCAGCCAAAGCAGAGGAACUCAUUUUUAAGGCAGUGGGAAAAAAGCAUCAGUGGGUCUUCCUCCAGAACUGUCACCUCGCAGCAUCCUUCAUGCCAAGACUCACUGCCAUCAUAGACUCAUUUAGUAGUCCAUAUACGGUCAUAGAUCCUGACUUUAGGCUUUGGCUAAGCUCAAGAGCAUAUGAAUUUUUCCCAAUUACGAUUCUUCAGAAGAGUGUGAAGAUUGCCGUGGAACCUCCCCAGGGAUUGAAAAGCAAUUUACUUCAAAUGUUUGGCUAUGGCGGGAGUGGAGAAGUGACAGAAGAUGUAUUUGAUAAGCCUGAUUGUGGACCAUGGUGGAAAAAAAUUCUCUUCAGCCUCUGUUUUUUCAGUGCUGUCCUCAAUGAAAGGAAAGCGUAUGGAACUCUGGGCUGGAAUAUCCCUUACAGAUUCAGUUCCUCAGACCUGGAGGUGUCCAUAAAGGUGCUGGGGAAUGUCCUCUCUGGUCGGUCAGAAGUUCCAUGGAAGGAGAUAAACUACCUGAUCUCAGAAGUGACCUAUGGUGGCCGGGUGACUGAUGAAUGGGACAAGCGAUGCCUGAAGGCUCUUUUCUACAAAUUCUGCAAUCCUGAAAUGCUAAAGGCUACCUCCAGUUUCUCUAACAAUGAGAUGUACCAGCCAGUGCCCAGCUCUGCAAGCUUAAAGGACUGCAUAAACAUUAUCCAGUCCUUUCCAGACGAUGACUCUCCGGAAAUGCUAGGAAUCCACCCUGAGGCCACGUACACCUGCAGUGAGAUCAAGACCCAGAAGUAUAUCGAGAAUCUCAUCAUCAUGGAGCCGAAAGAUGCCUCAGGCUACCUCAUGAUCAACCCCGAGCAGAGCAAUGACGACCUGGUGAUGGAGGUCCUAUCUGACAUAAUGAUGCAGCUGCCCCUGACGGUGGAGAAUGAGGACGUGUCUGGGCCUGAAAGCCAAUGCACAUUCAAAUUUAUUAUGGCAAGUCCAAUAUGGGAGAGGCUAAACAAAAAUAUUCAAGGAUACGAUCCCCUUAUCCACUCUGUCUUGAUACCCUUUCUGAAAAGAGAAAUAGAACGUUUCAAUAAGUUAUUAUCUGUCAUACAUAAAUCCUUAAAGAAUCUUCAACUCGCUAUAAAGGGAGAGAGCAUCCUCACUCCGGACCUGGAGGAAACAUACGACUCUUUCCUCAGGGCCAGAGUGCCCACGCUGUGGCAGAAGUACGCCUACAAGUCCUGUCGGCCCCUGAGCUUCUGGGUGAGCAAUCUCAUCCAGCGGGUAAACUUCUUUAACACCUGGGCCAAAGUGGCCUACACAGCCAUACACCAUCGGUACAUGUUGCUUAUCACAACCUGGAAACAGCUUGGCCAGAAAUUCAAACGUUCCACUGACUCUGGAAGUGAAAUCACUGAUGGAUUUCCGGCACGAUACUGGCUCUCUGCUUUCUUCUCUCCACAAGCCUUUCUUACUGCUGUGCUUCAAGACCAUGGAAGGGCUCAAGGAAUCUCCAUGGACGCCCUCACUUUCACUCACAAAGUAAUUUAUAACAUCGAUGUCAGCCAAGAGGAUGAUAUCUCCAAACUUCUCCAGAAGAGGCUCAACAUAGUCAGGAGAGCUUUCCAGGUACUGGGUGCUAAGGACCAGAAAGGAGGAGUUUACAUUUUUGGUUUAUUCAUUGAGGGAGCACGAUGGGAUCCUGAACAGGAAGUACUGGAAGACUCACUGCCCUCUGAGCUAUGCUGUGAAUUUCCUGACAUCCACUUUUUGCCAACAAAGAUUACUGAAACCUCCCAGGAUUCUGACCAGACAGACUCAGAACUGCAAACUUUUGAAUGUCCAGUUUACCCCACACCUGAGAGGUCAAGAAACACUACUGGUUUACCAACGACCGUCUUAACAUCAGUGCAUUUACCAACGAAGAAACCUCCUAGUCACUGGAUCACCAUGCAGGUUGCACUGCUGUGUGAGAAGAAUGAAUAA